AUGCUGGAACGCCCGGCCGCGCGGACUAUCGCUCCGCGCAGCAGACGCGCAACGGCUGCAAGCAAAAUAAUUGAACGUGCCCGGGGCGUGCACUCGAACAUUGGCGCUGUCCCCAAAGGCGGGAUCGACGAUCCUGCGUCCUACUGCGAGGAGUAUGUGCGCAAACAUGACUAUGAGGGGUAUCUCACCUCGCCGUUUUACCCCGGCGAGGCGCAAAAAGGUUUCCUUGCCCUCAAAGCGUUCUCUGUAGAAUUAGCCAACGUCCAAGAGGCCGUGUCCAACCCGAUGAUAGGCAAGAUGCGGAUGCAGUUCUGGCGCGAUGCGGUCAAGAACCUCACGGAGGGCAGACCACCCCAACAUCCGAUCGCACUCGCGUUGCAUGACGCCUCUCGACGCGCCAACCUCGCGCCGUACCACCUCAAGCGGAUAAUUGACGCUCGGGAUAGCGAACUUGACAAUCCGACCCACCUUACGCUCGACUCUCUCACCUCUCACGCGGAAGCGACCUCCUCCACGCUCUUCUACCUCCUCCUCUCCCUCCUUCGGCUCUCCUCGAACGACGACCUCGCGCACGCCGCGUCCCACCUUGGCGCCGCGCAGACCAUCGCCGUCCUCCUCCGCGCACUGCCUUACCACGCCUCGAAGAAGCACGCCGUCAUCCCGGCAGAGAUUACCGCGCGUCACGGCGUAAGCCAGGAGGACGUGUUCCGCCGCGGGCCUGCCGCGAAGGGUUUGGAAGACGCGGUGUUCGAGUUUGCAACCGCGGCGAACGACCACCUGCUUGCGGCGCGGGAUAUGUUUGGACGCGCGGACGCACAGGCGAGGAAGGAGGCGAUGCCACUAUUCCUUGGCGGCGUCCCUAUCGCCUCGUACCUUUCGCGGCUGGAAGCCGUGAACUUCAAUCCCUUCGACCCCUCGCUGCAGCGGCGACAUUGGAAGCUACCUUGGAACGUGUGGCGUGGCUACUUCAAGAAGGCGUUUUGACGCGCGUCUGCCAGACGACGUGCAUUAUCCUCCUGCAUGCUGCACAGUUUCUGGAACAAUAUAUAGAACGGGGUUCGCGCCGUAUUGCAACGUGCGCCGUCGAAAUUAUGAGGGUUGCCCCACCCUCGAUCCGCUCCGCGCGAAAUACGAGAACUUUGCGAACACCUUGAGGCUCUUCGCUAACAUGAGCCAGCAUGUAAAAUUCACUUGCGAUCAGAUCAGACCCUUCGAAUGCAGC